AUGCGUGUUGCCUCCUACUGCGCGUUGAUCUGUCUCGCUGCGGCCGCGGCGACAGCUGACAACUUGGUUAUCAACGACUUUGUCAAUGGCGUCACGACAUCAGCUUCGAACGCCGCGACCAACGUGGUGAACGGCGCCGUGUAUGGCGCGACCGAUGCGGCUACACGAGCUGCUAUGGACGCUACCAACAGUAUGGUCAACUCGGCCGCGAGAGCUGCCGGCGGGGCUGUUAAUGGCGCCAUUGGCAGCGUGCCCAAUUCCACUAAAUCGGCUGCUGAACAUGGGUACAACGAUGCGGGAAGUGCGCCAACAAAACCGGACGGUACCCCGGGCGUCAACGACGGACCAGCUUUGCGCUCCGGUGCUUCCACGGCUUCAACGUCUUUUGUUACGGUGGUGCUUGCAGUCUCUGGACUUGUGCUGACUUUUGCCUAA